GCCCGCGGGACACACGCACGCCCACAACCACCCCCGCCCGGCCGCACCCCUGCCCAGCAUGUCGGCGCUCGAGUGGUACGCCCACAAGUCUCUGGGCGAUGGCAUCUUCUGGAUUCAAGAACGCUUCUACGAGUCGGGCAACCGUGCCAACAUCUGGCUGGUGCGCGGUUCCGAGCAGGACGUGGUGAUUGAUACAGGCCUGGGGCUACGCAGCCUCCCCGAGUACCUGUACUCCUCCGGCCUCCUGCAGGACUGCGGGGCCAAAGACGAUGCGGCGCGCAGGCCACUGCUGGCCGUGGCUACCCACGUGCACUUCGACCACUCCGGCGGCCUCUACCAGUUCGACCGCGUAGCGGUGCACCACGCCGAGGCCGAGGCGCUGGCUCGCGGGGACAACUUUGAGACCGUGACCUGGCUGUCCGCUAGCGAGGUGGUGCGGGCGCCCAGCCCCGGCUGGAGGGCCAGGCAGUUCCGGGUACAGGCGGUGCAGCCCACCCUCAUCCUGCAGGAUGGGGAUGUGAUCAACCUUGGUGACAGACAGCUCACUGUCAUGCACAUGCCUGGUCACUCCAGAGGCAGUAUUUGCUUGCAUGACAAGGACCGCAAGAUUCUCUUCAGUGGAGAUGUGGUGUAUGACGGGUCCCUGAUUGACUGGCUCCCGUAUAGCAGGAUAAGUGACUAUGUUGGAACAUGCGAACGUCUGAUAGAAUUAGUGGACAGAGGUCUGGUAGAGAAGGUGCUUCCUGGGCACUUCAAUACUUUUGGUGCUGAAAGGCUUUUUCGAUUGGCUUCCAACUAUAUUUCAAAAGCGGGGAUAUGUCACAAAGUUUCUACUUUUGCUGUACGUUCUCUUGCAAGUUUAGCUCUACGAGUAACAAAUUCUAGGACCUCACCCUAGUAUCUAUACCAGUAAUCUAUUUUGAUUAAGUAUAUAAAUUAAUCCAGUUCAUUCUGUGCUAUUUAAAUGGUUAAUAGUGAGCAUUUCAACAAUGCUCACUAUUCUUUAUACCACUAUUGUAUAUUAGAAAAAAGAGAUUGAGAAUGAAUAAGCCAAAAAAGGAAAUGCUUUAGUUUGAAUUGUUUUCUUUCUUCCAAGUAAGAGGCCAUUUAAGUAAGCUUAUAAUUUGCCAAAGCUGUCAUCUUGUAAUAUUUGCUCUAGAAAUGACAUAAAAAUAUAUGGGAAAGCAAGGAAGUAUUUUAUAGCAAGAGAAAGAACUGUCUUUGCCUCCCAUCUGUUUUAUUUUGUUUCCUAGAUGAUCUAGGAAGAAGGGAAUAUGAAGUUUUAUGUUUAUACUCCAAAAUUGAUAUUUUUUAGAAUAUUAUUUAAAGAUAAAGAUUCUUGAAUUUAAAAUACAUUUUAACUUAAUACGAACAUAUAAACUAACAUUUAGAAUGACAGCUGAAACAUUCCAUUUUUCUGAUCUGAAUUUUUAUGCUGUUAUUUAUUGUUCAUGUAAUUAUAGCACACAUGAUGUUUGUAAUUUAACUUAAGAAAAGUAAAACGAAUUUUGUUUUUUGCAGAGCUUUAAAUAUCAAUUGCACCGUGUUUCAGUAAAAGGCUACUAUAAAUUGUUGUUUGUUAUUAUGUAAGUAAUAUUUUCGAUCAUAAAAGUGAAUUUCAAAUGUCUGUAAUCUAACUGCAAAUUGUCAGAUUUCUCAAAAGGACACUGUCAGGGAAAUUUGAAAGUAUACACAUUGAGAAUAAUUUUUAUUAUAUCCUAUUUUAAUAUUAACAGCUAUGAUAAGCAAAAUUUUUCUUGCUAAAUAGCAAUUUCAGUAUUGUGUUAAUGUUUUACAGUAUCAAAACAACUAUAGAGAUCUACAACAUCCUGAUAUAAAGUAUUCUUUUAUUUAACAUAGCAUGGGUAUCUACUAAGAAGGGUUUUCAAAUUAAUUGUAAAAUGUGUAUUAGAUAUUGACUUAGAGUGAGUUGCCUUUUUUAUCCUGAUUCACAACACCUAUCCCUGUUCAGUAUUCUGUCUCGAGAAGUCUACAUUCAUAGAGUCAUAGGAAAGGUUAUACCACUAUUUGGUAAAAUGUUUAGGUUUGGUGCUGUUAAUAAUCAUAAUUUAUUAAAAAGCCUUUUGGAAUAUUUCAUAAAGGUUUUUUUGACAUGUCUAAAACUAAACUGCGAUAACUUUGAAAAUCAUAUUUUUUAAUAAUAGAAAGGUCCAGCAAUUCUGAUUUCUGAAAAAUUAUAAAACUUUGUCUACCCUACAGACACCCAGGUUCUUUAUUUAUUCAUUCAACACACAGACGUACACACAACAUACAACCCCACAUGUAUACAGAUGCAGUCACAUACAUACAUGUACACCUCUGCGCUAAACACUGUGGAAACUUAAAAAAUCAGAGACAGCAUUAUAGCCAGAAGUAGAAAGCACACAAAACAUAAAUAAUAACAUAUGCAAGUUGAAGUUAAUAUAAAUUACACAUGACUGUAAGGGAUAUAAAUGAAGGGUGUGAAAUUUUGUUAGAGAAAGUUUCCUUGAGAAGGGGUUUUGGAAGGAUGAUUUGUUAGAUAGGUGGGGUGGGGAGUAAAAGGAUACAGGGGUAGUAUUGUAAGCAUUGCUGUCUAUAGUAGUCUAUUUCUUGUGACAAUAUAAAUUGCAUUUUCAGGAAUCCCAUAUGUCCCAAACACCAUGUAUUUAGCAUUAGAAAAAUGGACUGUGAUUGUGUAUAUGAGUCAUUCUUAAUGAAAGACAAGCUAAACUGCCAUAUGCCACCAAAUGAACCUUUACUUAGAAUAAAAAAGGAGGCUCUCAUUGGUUGAAAUGUGGAAUUUCUCUGAAGUUUCUCUUUGAUGAUCAUUCAAGGCAGUAGGUCUGUUUCAAAUGAGUGUAACAUCAAAAAUAUAGCUUAGGUUCAGGGCAACUACAAUCAUUUAAUAAGCCUUAAAUAUAGCCAUUAUUUUUAUAUCGGUAGCACAAAGGAAAACCAAAAGUCCUUAACCAUUUGCCAUUUUUAUCAUGUUAGGCUUUUUUUUUUAAAAAAUCAGGGUAUAGUAGGCACUAGAUUUUAUUAGAAAAUACUUAAAUGUACUGAAGGAUUUCCAUAUUAAAAGUGCAAUUUUUCAGAACACAUUGUUUUUUAAUUUCCCAUUUUUUUCAGCUUUUCAAAUUGUACCGCAACAUAAGACUGUGAUAUUUUGCUACUGCUUCAAUGUGAAUAAAUUGGGGAAAGGAUACCAUUUAUUGAGUACCCGUGAUGAACAUUUUAAAUAUGCAUUUUAAUUAGUCAUAGCCCCUAGCACCAAGAUGUAAUUGACCAGCAUCAAACAACACAACUUUGGAUAAAGCUGGGAAGCGAACACUGGCCCGUCCCGCCCCCAGGCUGCUCUUUCUCUCAUACUUGCACAAUAACAUAAAAUUGGCAAAAUGUAUUUUCACUUUCUGAGAUGCCAUAUGUGCCAAGACUAAAUCAAAUGAGGUUAAACCAUAUAACUCAUCUUUUUAAAGCUUUUAAAAAAUAUAUUUUCACCCUGACAGUGCCCCUUGUAAUUUAUGAUUUUUGGAAAUAUUAGUAUGUAAGUAUAAUUCAAAGUUGUUAAAAUGUAAGACAUUUAGAAGUACUUUUUAUUAUUUAUAUUGUUAAUACUUGAUCUUUAGAAAUUCAUUUUUCUCUCUGGAUGUUUUCUUCUAACUGAGAAACCUAAAACAAACAAAAACUGUGUGUGUUAUCCUGAGAUAGCUGAACAAAUAAAUGAAUAUGUGUAUUUGUUCUUCUGUAAUAGUAAUAUGAAUGUGACCUGCACAGAUUGUCAUAACUUGCAAAUAAGUGUAAGUAAACAUUUGUGUAAUAAACAUCAAA